GAAACUAAAGAUUUUAUUUCUGGUUUUCGUUUUUGUAUUUUUUCUUUAAGAAGAAUCACAAUUUUAAGUGCAAGGAAGUAAUAUGUGAAAAAAGAAAAAUGACAUAAUACGACGUCGUAAUUCAGUCAGAUGGAAAUCAAUACCUACCAAUGUGUUGAAGAAGCUUGAUUUUUCAGUUAAAUUUGUUUUAAUUUUGGUCUAGUGAUAUCCUCUUCAAUGCCCAAACAACUUCGAGAUGAAAACUCUAAUGAAGACGGACCCAGUGAUGGCCAAAAGCCUCUCAAAAAAGCCAGAUAUGUAUGGGAAGUUAAAGGUAAACACCACCUAAAAGAUGCUUAUAAGAAUACUACAGCUAAUAACAAUAAUAAUAAUAAUAAUGUAGAUUUUUCUCUGGAAGUAGAAAAUAAUAAAUUAACCGAUAGUCAUCCAGAAGUAUUAGAGAACAAUAAUUUAGAGGAUAAGAACAUUAAAAGUGAUGAGACAAUUGAGGACAAAGAUGCACCCCCUCAUAGCAAAUGUUGUAAUAGUUGCUGUAUUCAAAAAUUACUAGAAGAAGCAGAUGAAAUAAUGAGUGCAGAACUUGACGAGAUAUCAAAUGAAAUUCCUUUAACAUUGGUGACCCCAAAUCCAAAAAACGAAGACUAUUAUUUACGUAAGUGGCAAGCUAGACAAAUUGCUAGAGGUUUUGUUGAUAAUACCAUAAACAGUGUACUAGACACUUGGUCGAGUCGUCCGCUAGAUGCUGCUGAUAUGGUAGAUAACUAUGCAAAUGAUGGUCAGGUAGAGGAUGAUGCUAUUCUGAUGGCUAUUCAGUCUCAUGGAUUGCAGUCUAAUUCGCUCUUGGAUCAGCCAUCUAGUUCUAUUACUGAAAAUGAGAGGACGCUGCAGAGAAACUCAGAAAUAGAGGAAUUUACCAACGAUAAUUUGGAGAAUUUUGAAAAUGAAAGAAAGGAGCAGGAAAGUGGUUCUAGUUUAUUAGAAAAUUCGGAAUCUACUACUGACGGAGGCCCACAAGAUUUAGGUAUCGAUGAUACUAUGGACUUUUUAAGUGCUGCUGUUUCAGUUGCUAUUCAGAAAAAGGGCCUGUCUUAUAGUUACUGAGGUGAAAUUCUUCCAUAUAUAAUGUUUUUUUGGUCAAGACUGCAUAUUUGUAUUUUGUAUUUGUACCUAAUUAUUAAUUUUUAUAUAAUCGUUUAGUUGUUUUACCAUAAUUUAUUUG